AUGAGGAAAACUAGCUGGAGUAGGAAGAACUUUCUGCUUGUAGCAGGACUUUCACUCAUAGGUGUUCAUUUUGGAAGCAUGCUUGUAAACUUUGUUGCAAAGAAGUCUGCUCGAUCUCAAUCAGAAGCUAAAAAAGAUCGCCAGGAAUGAAAUAGCCUUCUGUUGUCAUGUCUCAGUUGCACAACAUGAUUGAAUCUCACUUUAAGAGAUUGAUUAUGAUCAGUCACAGGAAUGUAAUAUAUGCUGUAUGUACUAUUUCUCAUCUAAAAUUGAUGCCAAGAGUGAAAAUUUACUAACUUAAAUUUUAAAAACACUAUGAUUAUCCAAAUAAAAGUGAAAUCUGUUUUGCUGGCCAGAAUUAAAAUGUUGCUUUGAAAA